AUGUCGACAACAAAAGACGUUGAAGUUCAUGUUGAAUAUGCUGAUCAACAAAAUAUAAAUAAAUUUGCUCGUAAUAAUGCUAAAUUAACGGAAUUAAAAGAAGAAAUAGAAGCAAAACGAAAAGAAUUAGUAUCAUUAUCGGAUGCAAGAGAAGCUCUAGAUGAAUUAUCAAUUUUAUCUGAUGUUCCAACAGCACCAUUACUUGUUGGUGAAACAUUUCUUAUUGAACCAACGGAAAAUAUUUUAACAUCGUUAGAUAUACGUAAAGGUAAAAUUGAAAAAGAUAUUGAUGAUGUACAACAACGUAUACAAGCAAUUCAAAAUAUUUUAAGUGAUUUAAAAGUUAAAUUAUAUGGAAAAUUUGGUAAAAGUAUUAAUUUAGAAAAUGAUGAAGAAUGA